UGACAAAAUGAAACACACCAGCAGUGUGAGGAGACCUGAAAGUGGCACAUGGCAUGGCAGAGUGUGGCGUUGGAGACCGCAGCAAUGGGAGGCGGUACAGGGACCCAUGACACACUGUGAACCUGGCAGCAGCGUGAGGAGGCGGUACAGGGGCCCAUGCAGAUUAGGGGCCUGGCAGCAGCUAUGGGAGGCCCGUAAUCUGCCAGCACCCUAUGACAAAAUGAAAACACACCAGCAGUGUGAGGAGACCUGAAAGUGGCACAUAGCAUGACACACUGUGGACCUUGCAGCAGCGUGAGGAGGCGGUACAGGGGCCCAUGGCAGAUUAGGGGCCUGGCAGCAGCUAUG